AUGCUGGCCAGGCACGCCGUCACCUUGCUCUGCCUGACCUGGGGCGCCUACCAGAGUCUGGCCGUCCCCAGGGUCACGGAAUGUGGCCUCUCCUGUCCCCAGGGCUUCGCCUGCAAGAGCCGCGUGAACCGAAAUAUUUUCAACAGCUUCUGCCGGCAGCCCCCCGUGUCCAUGCCCAGGUCCGUCCUGGGGUCCCUGGCGCUCUCCACCGCCAUGAAGUGCUCCCCACCUGACGGCUGCUCCCUGCUCCUGCGCGUCAAUGCCUCCCUCGCGCUGCACGAGAGCCUGCAGGGCCUGGAGGUCUGCUCCACGAGUCUGGACACCCAGGAGACGCAGUGCCAGGCUGUGCAGGUGUCCAGGGCCUCCCGCCAGCAGGCAGGGCAGCAGCUCCAGGUGCGCUUUGACUGCUUCGAGGUGGCCGUGGCCCAGACCCUCUACGUCACCCUGAGGACUGUCCCCCACUUCUGUGGGGUCCAGCUGGGCCAGCAAUACCACAUGGAAGACUGCAGAGAGGAGGACGUGGGGAAGAAUGUGCCUGACUGCUUCGCUGAGAAGCUCUCCUACUGGGUGGACCGCAGCCGCAAGGUCAUUCUAGUACAGGUGCCAGAGUCGGGGGGCCCCGACUACUACGUGCGGCUCUGUCUGAAGCGGUUCACCUGCGAGGACGCGGGCGCCCCAGUGCGGGUAACAGGGAACAGGGUCUCCCGGAGGGUCUCUCUACCCUACAGCCAAGAGUUGCCGUGUCUGUGCCUUGAGGUCUGGUCGGCGACCCCUGAUGCGGUGCGAAUCCAGACCUGCCCUUUCAAAAAUGUCACGGAGAGCCUCCGGGACGCCAUCCACUACCACCCGGGGAGCCAGGCGCUGAGCUGGGAGCCCACCUGCCCCAUGAGAGGCCGUGUGAGUCUGUGCUGGCAGCCAGGGCCAGGGGCCCACUGCCUCGAGCUGAAGCAUUCAGGCCGGCCAGCCCGCGGCAGGGUGCAGUACCCGCUCGUGGACACACAGCCCCAGCUCUGCCUGAAGUUCUCCACGAGCCUGGGUUUGCAAGUGAGGUGCCCUUUCAAGCAGCCAAGGUUCCCAGCCUGGAAGAUGGCCGUCCAGCCUUCGCCCGCUCCGGGCCACCUCCGGGUGGCCUUCUUCUCGUCCAGCCCCGCCCGCUUCCAGGUGUGCCUGUGCCACCAGGGGAAGACAUGGCCCCCCGCCUGCCGCCGACUGCUCCAGGCCACCCCCGUCCCUGCGGCCUCUGGUGACUCUGCAGAGGACCCUGCAGUGGCCUUUGUGGACAUUCCUGGGGACGAGGCCUGUGCACCCAGCACCUGCAUCCAGGGCAGGAGGACCGAUGUCCAGUUCUCCGUCCCCCAGCAGCUCUGCGGCCUCCAGUGUGGCCUGCAGCUACUCGGGCCCUUGGACGAUGCCAGGACUUUGGGUCAGAUGAAGGACCUCCAGCCCCUCCUGAACCCUGAGCCAGCGGUCGCCCAGCAGUCGGCCGGCUGGGCCUGCCCUCACGGGACCCGCAUGCCAGCUCACAAGGACCCCCGGGCCGCCCCUGCCGGGCCGCUGUCUGGAGUCACCUUCACCUGA